AGAAAAGGGUUCACGCAAUUUGUUGCGUGCGCAAUUUCAUUGCGUAAAUGCGGCCCUGCCUCCUUUCGGGCAAAAAAAAAAUCAAAACAUCUUUGGGCCGGGCACCGAAAGGCGAGACGCCGUUGAUCAAAAUUUUGUUUACCUGGCUCUUUACGACGGAAAGUGCUUCAAGCGGACCGGAUUUGAAAAGAGAUUGCAUGAAAAUAGGCUGGAUCUAUUUGAAUUGCCGUUGUAACAAUGACUGAAACUGGUUACAUUCAGAACCAUUCCGAAUCGACCGGCGCAAGUCGACAGUGUUCGAAUAUGAAUUCCUCGUCGGACGAAGAGGAAGGAUACGCUUCGCCCUACAAUUACUGUUCAAGUGAUGAUGACAAUGAUCCGAGCAAUCGACAGCUCCUGGAUGAGCUUCCGGUGUUCUCCACGCAAUCCCUGUCUCCCUCCGGAAGAUCUCUGUCCCCGAUCGAUAUGGACACGUCGCCUCCGCGGAGUUCCCGGGGAAACAGUACCUACCACACUCCUUGCGACAGUCCCUAUGGCCAGCCGUGCGGGAAAGACUACGUCACGCUGGAAGAGAUCCAGGCCCGGAUCGGAAUGACCCCGCCGCCAGAUGUGGACCAGUGCCGAUCGUCGCCCCGGUUGAACCUGGAGACGAUUUUCGAGGACAAAUUCCUGGAAACGCCCCCGAAGGCGGGCAAGGAGUUCGACGUGCGCACCAACCAGAACCUGCUGCGAAAGUCGUUCCGGAAUCGGACGCAAAUGCUGGGGGCCACGACGGGAAGCGCAGAGGAGUGCGUUUCGCCGAUCGAAAGUCUGAGCAAGCAAUUUGGAGGAAAGGUGGUGCUGAACUAGCAUGGCCGGUCAGUCCGUGAUAUCCGUGAUAGGUUUCGUUUUAGAUAGCCCGAUUUUUUCCACUCUGUAAUUAGAUUCUAAGUGCCUUACAUUGUCCGGAAAUGAAGUAACGGACGAUCGAUCGGUUUGCUCUCUGUACAGAAAUUUAUUGAGAGUUUUGUCGAAUGAAAGUUCGAAAUGAUUUUGUAACAUAAAUU